UCUACUUUUAUCCUUUAUUAAACAUAUGUUUGCAAUAUUUAUUGGUACAUAUGUAGCUACAUCAUAUGUAUUGUUUAAAUAUCCACAAAUAUUACACAAAAAGAAAAAUAAUACAUUAAAAUGUCGUAAUAUAUGCCACAGAGGAGGAUCCUGGGAAAAUGUAGAAAAUACCAUUGAAGCAUUCCAAAACUCUAUUCAAAAUUCGGGAAGUGAUAUGUUAGAGCUGGAUUGCCAUCUUACAAAAGAUAAAAAGGUUGUAGUUGUACACGAUAAUGAACUAACACGCUUGACUGGCAAAGCUAUUCAAAUCGCCACCACAGAUUAUAAGGAUAUACCUCCGCUCUUACCUAGCCUAAUGAAGGGGCAUCGCCGCGAGAACGAUACAACUCACCAAAUAGCCUAUAAAAUCCCGUUACUCGACGAAGUUUUCCAAAAAUUUCCCAACAUUCCCAUCAACAUCGAUAUCAAAGUUUACGACAAAUUUCUAGUCACCGAGGUGGCUAGAUUGAUAAAAGAGUAUCGAAGAGAAAAUAUCACCGUCUGGGGAUCCUUCCAAGAUCGCAUCGUGAAGGAAUGCUGGAAAAAUAACCAAAAUGUACCGUUAUACUUCUCGCUCAAGCGUGUAGCCCUGCUAAUAAUCUUCUAUUACACCGGUCUGUUGCCGUUUGUGCCUAUUAAGGAAUCUUACCUAGAAAUACCAGUUCCCAGAGCCGUUAGAAAGAUAACUGGGGACAAGGAUAUGCCGACUUCCAAGAAAUUAUUGUUGUUUUUAGCUGACAAGUUUAUGCUGAAUCGAUCAUUCAUUAAACAUCUGGAAAGGAGAGGCAUUCUGACCUAUCUAUGGACCUUGAAUGAAGAUGCGGAUUUUGACCUAGCUUUCAAUAAGUUGGGCGUAGCUGGCGUCAUGACCGAUUGCCCGACCAAGUUAAAGCUAUUUUUGGAGAGACAAAACUAAUCAUCCGCUAGGAAAAGCGUAAAAAGAUCGGGUCUAAAUUAAAUAGAGCGACCUUUUGAUAAAUGUAUCCAUAAUUUAUUUAAGAAUUUUUUUUUUAAAGAUAAAUAUGUCUUUGUGCAAUAUUGCUUCACAAUUAUAUACGUGAAAUUUAAAUACUCCAUAUAAUUUUAAACUUACAUUUACUUGUAUUUUAUUGCGUAUUUUUUGGAAUAU